AUGCGUCCCGCUACCAACCCCCGCCAGCGUCUCUCGCUCUACACCAACAGCACUCUCGGCCACGACGUCUCCGCCGCCUUCAAAGCCUCUUCAACACGGUCCGCCACCAUCGAAGAGACACCCGCGCCGCCACCAUCUCCGGUCGACUUCAGCUUCGGCAGUACGCCUGCUGAGCGAGCCACCACCCGACGGGCGCAAGGCUCAGAAGCAGUAGCCUCCUCAUAG